AUGGCGUCAAUUCCGAACGAGUUCCCUAUAUCCCUCAAACCGAAGCCAUUGAGGCCCACCGAACCUACCUUACCGACCCUCAUCCAGCGCAUCAACUUUGAGCGGGGGGGUUUUCACAAUAUCAGCGAGGAGAGUCUGAGGCAAGAAAUUGCCGAAGCUGGGAGGACUGGCAGUCGGGGUGGGGAAAAGGGAACGACUGACGAGGAAGAGGAGGACGAGGAGGAUGAUGACGACGAUGGCGAAGAUGGCGAGGAGGAGCCUGAUAGAAUGAAGGAGCUUAUGAAAGCCAGGGAGGAAAUUCUGGGUCAGAUUGACGGGGCCUAUCAAUCUGCUGCAUAUGCUCUGGACUUCGUCUCAUUGCUCCUGUCGAAAGAUACGCCAGUUCAGGCCAGUUUGUCGAUGUCGCCAGCGUUGAAGGAACUGGUCGGAACAGGUACAAUGGGCGCAGACAAGAUACAGGCGUCACGAGUUGACGCAAAUCAGAAGGCCGAUAAUAAACGCAUUGCAAAGGGAUGGAAGGUUCAGAACCUAAACAAGGCGGUAGAUACAAUCGUGGACUCUGCUACAAGGCUGGAAAAAGAAAUUGAGACCGAGACAAAGUAUUGGGAACAAGUCCUUUCUGUUAGUAAUAAAGGAUGGGCAAUCUGUCGAAUACCGAGUGAGAAACAAACUCUGGGAGUACGUUUCGGAUUUCCUGAGGCUGCUCCGAACUUUAGGAAUCAAAGCCUUGCCGCCCUCCGGAGAAACCCAGAUGGCACGAUAUAUAUCGAGCAAGGGAUAACGAAUGCCGAACCUCAAACUUUACGGGUGCGGAUCCAGGUCAAUCAAACAGAUACGGGGUCAUCAAGCCUCUCAAAACCUGCUGCAGCCGAUGCUCCUGUGGAAUCCCUAAUUCUGCAAGCCCGCAAUACUAUCUUCAACACCGAGCUAUGGCAAGAGCUCAACCGUGAAGCACGCGGGCUGGGAGCUUUUGGUGUGCGAGGUAUCGAGGAUACCCUGACCCUUCCCCUAUCUCCUAGCAAGACCAUUGUAUUGGACUUGGUCCCGCUAGCAGACUCGUCCACAAUCCUACCCCAGCCGGACGAUUCCAUUGCUGAAGGGAUCUGCCUCUCUCUUCAUAUCCUUCUAAGCUUUGCCCACCGGCAUAAUCACCGGCGACGCACACAACCCCCGCCGCCAAUAUCCAACCAGAAACGGCCCAAUCCACCCUACUCUCUCCUGCGGCCGCUUAUCACCAGGUUAAACCAUCAGCAGAGCAAUAGUUCUCUCAACUCCCUCCUUUCUAGUCUCUGCUCAGCACUUUCCUCAACAAAGAUAUAUCCCGCGCCAUCCUACAAAAUCACACAUUCUUCACCACAAGCACCACCAAUCCCCAAUGUUUCUACCUCCGAGCUGACAGUAAUCGCCCUAACCGACCGCCUGGAAUCCAUAGCAAAUUUCGUCAUAACACCCACCACAACCAUAACCAUUGCCUGCAGAUCACUUCAAGUGCCACUAGCAGGGACGAGCUUCCACCUGUCCCUCAACGCCGAAUCCCCACUCACCACAACAUGCGUCGCGCCUCCAGUUUUAGGCCACAUAUCCGCUGUAGAAGAAUACAUCCUGUACGCCACCUCUUGCGCCCUCGCUUCCAACAUAAUCUCUAUCUCCGAACAGCAAUCAGAAACCGAAGAGACCGAUCUGUCUAAAAAUGGUAAAGCAGGAUGGCACCUUACCGCACAACCAAACGUGCUAAGAAAAGUAUUCAAAGGUGGGAAGGGCAAACAAUUUAUUUCCAGUGUUAAUAAUGAGGAUGGGAAGGGGUGCAAGGUUAGAGUGGCGUGGAAUUGGAUGAGACAUGAUUUUUAUGGAAUUGAUAAGGAGGGGUUGGGGGCUGAGGAGGAGAGGAGGAUUACUGGCGAGGGGAUGUAUGAGUGGAAUAGUAGGUUAGGAAAUUCGGCUUGGGCGGGUGGGGAAGGGGAAGUUGUGAGGAGUUUGGUGGAUGUGGUUGAGAGUGCUGGGGUUUGGCUUACGUGA